AUGAUUUCACAACAAUUACAGUAUUUAUUUUUACGUAACGAUCACCCGUCGCUUUUCAUUGUACUCAGCACAUUUCCGUGUAGCCGUUUUUUUUGCCUCGUUUUCUCGGUUUGUUCUUCAUCUUGUUCCUGUUUCGGUCAUACUGUAGUAUAUGCAAUUUCGCGCCAACUUGUAGCUAGCAAAGGCGACUUCGAGGACGGAUACGUACGCGGCUUUCGGGACGCGCACAAGAUCUCGUCGGCAACCAUGGCGCGCCGCCGCCUUGACGAGGACUUCGGUGGAAUGAAGAUGGACUUCCACGCGGGUUACAUCCAAGGACUAAGGGACGCCGGUCUGCAAGGCAUCACGCAAUCGAUGCAGCACCUGGCAGCGUCAAAGCCGAGUGCGGCCGGAGGCUAUUCGGCCGGUUACAUGCAGGGUUUCCGAGAUGGAAAUUCCGGAAUAUUUGGUGACAGAAUCACGACCACACUUCUGAGACGAUUGGAGGAACAGUACCCGAAUCAGGAUGAGUUCCGACAAGGCUACAUUGAGGGAUUUAAAGACGCGACCAAGAAUAAGACCAGCGAAACUGUGACCUCGCAAGAUCGGGCGGAUAACGAAGCUAAUCGACUAAGAAAUUAUAUGGCUGUGUUUAUAGACAACCAACUUCCCGAGAGCGCGGGUUACAUAAGCAAUGCGGAGCAGCUGGCACAAGAACUGGAAGAAUUUUCAACGACGUCACGCAGAGGCACACUUCGACGUCAUUAUACCCCUGGCGAUUACCUGAAAUACUCUAGCGACACAGAACAUGCAGGAACGAUGGAGUCCACCACGCUAAGGCCAUAUCGUCGAACGUUGUCGGCAUCAAACCUUGGCAGAGGUUUGUGCAAAUGCACAUUUGCAGUUGCAGAGGGCAUAGUUGAGACACUGUCAUCCACUCUUGGACGGCGCAAUCUAUCUGCGGACCGUGCCAGGUCGGUCAGGACCAAUAUUAGCCAAUACAAUGACUCGUACUCUCGUCGGAGUCACUACCGUACGAAGUCAGACACUGGCUCCACUUUCGGAACAAUUCCGAGACGAUUCCCGAGCCAGACCAUCCUGCAGGGCAUUCGACCAGGUCCGGCCACAGCCAGACCUCUGGGGAGCGAGAAGACAGAGUUUCGCCAACGAAGCGAACUGCGAGAAACGCAGUCAUCGAAAGCUGGUACUUGCUUUCAUCGUAUUUUUUCUUUCUUUCGUUCAAAGUAA